AUGGCGCCUGGGGAAUCAGGGCAGCCGCAGGCAUCCGGCGAUUCUGCGCCUGCUGCUCCAUCGCCUACCUUGCCCCCUCCUGAGAAGCCGUCGGCAGUCAGACAACGGUCAUAUGUCGUGCUGUCCUUCUGGCUGGUUGUCCUACUGCUUGGAUUGCCUAUCUGGUGGAAGACAACGGCGAUUUACCGAGCCGAAUUACCUCUGGAUAGGAUGCUGAAGUGGGCUGAUGGCAAGGCUUGUCGACCCGUCUUCCCCCUCCAGAUCUCGAUACAGGCCGAUUCUCUCCAGGAGCAAGAAGCCCAGAAUCUUAUCCGACUGACCCAGCAUGCAUUGGACGAUCUAAACGACUUCUCCGGCCACCACCUGCGCUUGCAGCUUGCGCCACGGAAUGCGCCCCUUCCGAGAGACGACUUCCAAACCGCUUUGACGAUUCGCCUCAAACCGGGCACCAGCAGCUCGGCCUCACUCAACCAAGAAUCUGCUGUUCUCGACAUAACUUACCCACCCAACCAUGUUCCAUCUCUCACUUCGCCAUCCUCCCCGCUUGCAUCUUACAUUACGAACGAGCUCCGAGCCACCUUUGCCGAGGAACAGUCCAUUAUAUCGUACCUCCUUUCUACAUCGUCCAUGUCCACCGGCGUACGUCCCCAAGGCCUGAGUGCUGAGGCUGCCGAGGCCCUUUCUAAGCGGACGACUCGAUCUCUGCGAUACGCUCCGACGUACCAUCUCACCUUUUCUCUAUUCACCGAUAAUGCGCUGCCCAACACCUGGGAUAUUGAGACUGCAUUGGACGAGUACAUCAGGCCAAUGCUGGAGGUUCUGCGCCCUAUCCACAAUUUCACCAUCGACACACAAGUUCAGCUGUAUGCCAUACCCGGUGUACAAUCUCAAGUGCUCAGCAAAGACCACCUAUCCUCAUUCAUCAAUGCCGCUGAAUGGCCGCUGUCUCCAUCUAUUGGCAAAGCGCCGACGGUCAACUUUGUCAUAUACAUUGGAAAUCAGACAGUUGGUCUGGAUGCUGAGGCGGAAACAUCUCGCUCGUGGAUGAUUCCCCAAUGGGGCACUGUAUACUUGCUUUCUCUACCCGAUACGGAGAGCCAUGUGUCGACCGCAGCGCUGAAACAGCCCAUGCUUACAUUUGGUGGUCAUUUGCUGACACUAAUGGGCACCCCUCAGUCUGGAUCUCUACCUUUGAGGCUGUCCACUCUUGGCCGUAUUCGAUCUACCGAUCUUUUGCUUCGUGCAUCAUCUACCCUAGGGUCUCUCACGAUGCAUCACUUGGAGCUGGCGUGCGCCGAUCUUGGAGGGCCCGAGGGACUGAUGCAUGCGAGAAUUGCUGAGGAAGAGGCAGAGAGGGCCUUCUUUGAGAAGAGUAUGGUGGGACAGUUGUAUUUCCCAGAUGAGCACAAGAUUGCCGUCUAUCUCCCACUGCUUGGGCCGGUGUUUGUGCCGCUUAUCAUGGGGUUAAUUAACGAGGUGAAGAAGCUUAUAAAGGAGGCCAAGCAGAAAGCACUGGAUGCUAGAACUAAGAAACAGCAGUAA